UCUGCUCUCAGGGUCCGGCCAUGGGCCCCGCCGCUCGCCCCGUUCUGAGGUCGCCCCCGCCGCCUCCUCCGCCGCCGCCGUCGCCACUGCUACUGCUGCUGCCCCUGCUGCCGCUCUGGCUGGGCCUGGCGGGACCCGGCGCCGCGGCGGACGGCAGCGAGCCUGCGGCCAGGGCGGGGCGGGGCGGGGCCCGCGCCGUGAGGGUGGACGUGAGGCUGCCGCGGCAGGACGCUCUGAUCCUGGAGGGCGUCAGGAUUGGCCCCGAAGCCGACCCAGCACCCACGCUGGGCGGUCGCCUGCUGCUGGUGAGCGCAGCCGAGCCAUCUGGCUCCGCACCCAGAUCUGGCCUUCAUCCUGGACCAAGCCCUAGCAGUCCAGCGCCCCCUCCCCAGGCUGCCCAGGCCCCAGAUUCCGGCUUCCAAAACCCGAGAUCCAGAUGCUCUCCCCUUCAAACUCGCUUCCAAACCCUGGCCUUGAAUCCUCCGUGUGUCCCCUCUUCUUCCCCCUCCUCCCUCUGCCGAUGGUCCUUUGCCCCACAGAUGGACAUCGUGGAUGCUGAGCAGGAGGUGCCGGUAGAAGGCUGGAUUGCAGUGGCAUACGUGGGCAAGGAGCAGGCGGCCCACUUCCACCAGGAGAGUCAGGGCAGCGGCCCGCAGGCCUAUCCUAAGGCCCUGGUUCAGCAGAUGCGGAGGGCGCUCUUCCUGGGAGCCUCUGCCCUGCUCCUCCUCAUCUUGAACCACAACGUGGUCCGAGAGCUAGACAUAUCGCAGCUUCUGCUCAGACCAGUGAUUGUCCUCCAUUAUUCCUCCAAUGUCACCAAGCUACUGGAGGCACUGCUGCAGAGGACCCAGGCCACAGCUGAGAUCACCAGCGGAGAGUCCCUGUCAGCCAAUAUCGAGUGGAAGCUGACCCUGUGGACCACCUGUGGCCUCUCCAAGGAUGGCUACGGAGGAUGGCAGGACUUGGUGUGCCUGGGAGGCAGUCGGGCCCAGGAGCAGAAGCCCCUACAGCAGCUGUGGAACGCCAUCCUGCUGGUGGCCAUGCUCCUGUGCACAGGCCUUGUGGUUCAGGCCCAGCGGCAGGCGUCAAGGCAGAGCCAGCGGGAGCCCAGAGGCCAGGUAGAUCUGUUCAAGCGCCGUGUGGUGCGGAGACUGGCAUCCCUCAAGACCCGGCGCUGCCGUCUGGGUAGGGCAGCACAGGGGCCCCCAGAGCCUGGUGCUGAGACUUGCGCCGUGUGUUUGGACUACUUCUGCAACAAGCAGUGGCUCCGGGUGCUGCCCUGUAAGCAUGAGUUUCACCGAGACUGCGUGGACCCCUGGCUGAUGCUCCAGCAGACCUGCCCUCUGUGCAAAUUCAAUGUGCUGGGGAACCGCUACUCAGAUGAUUAGCUGCCGCAGCUGCAUCUCUGCAUGUGGGCAAGGGACCCUCCCGCCUGCACCCUGGCCCUAGGCCUGGGCUCGUGGAACACAACAGCAGAUGGACGGGAAGCUCUGCUGGUGGGAGGAAGGAUAGGGACCUCCCCUCCUGGGGGGCAAGGCACCCCAUCAUAUUUGUACUGGGAAGGAGGGACCACAGCCCCCAGUUAAGGAUGCAGGGUCUGGACCUGCCAGUCAAGAGGGAAAAGCCACUUUGGGGCCCUUCUCUGCCAUCCUGGCAUGUCUGUGUCUGCCCUCCCCACAGACAGAUCCCAUGACCCUGGGUGGGAACCCUGGAAAGAGGGUGUGGGGCAGCGCAGCUGUUCCCAGGGCUCUGGCAGCUCUCUGACCUGCCUGUCCAGGUAUCCCUGGGGGCUGAGGCUGCAGUGGCUGGCCAGGCUUUAUGCUUAUUUAUUGGGGUUUGGGUUGUGGGAGGAGCUGUCCAGCCUUGGGGACACCUCUUGGUCAAGGCUGUGAUGGUCAACCCAGAGAGGCCCUUCCACUGAUACUGCCCUCAGCCCUUGGACACUGGGAGCUCUGAGUGCUACUGCCUGUCCAGCGGGGUUCCCUUCCCAGGCCUGGCUGGGAUUAGAGGCCUCAAGAGCCAUCAAGUCCUGUGCUUCUUGGCCGGGCUAUAGGUUGCCGACCAGGAUACUUGAAGCUGCAGGAUAAAUGUGGUGCAUCUUUUAGGGGCAGCCGUUUUUUUUUAGAUUUGGGGUGGGGGGGAGGUUUAAUAUUGAAGUAAACAUGGAUAUAUUUUAACAUAAGCUA